GAGUUAGGAGUGUCAAAGCUUUUAUACCCAGACAGGCUGUAAUCUAGCAAACGGAAAACACCCGCGUACCUUCUUCUGGCCCCAGAAUCUGAUCCAGUCAUAGCAACCAGCUUCAGUGGUUCGAGUUCCCCAGCAAAUCGACACGCAUAAUUUUUUAUUUGACAACGGAUUGAAGAUCACGGGUGAGCGUCGAGAUUGGUACUCCACAUGAAUGUCAGACUCUGCCUCAGUAUGAGUACGAAAUCAAGGAUGCAAGCUGACUUUAUCCAGGGAAACCAGAGCAAAGUGGAACACGAUUCACCCCAGUCUGCACUCUUCUACCUUUUCCAAGAAGUUUCCAAGCUUGUAUCCCCUAUCCACAACAGUUUCCCAGACUCAGAUCUACCCAGUGAAUCACAGAUUAAGACAUAUAGCCAGGAUCCUUUAGUAAUUAAAAAAGAAGAGGGUCCACAUUCAUUUGAAGCCUCUGCUAGUUCUGUCCAGGAUACUUUAGAAAUGAAAAAGGAAGGCGAUGCACAUUCAUUUCAUACCUGUAAUGGUUCCUGCCACCAUAGUUUGUCUUGUUCGCUGCCAUGUAAUGAGCUGGAAACGGUAAAUGAGGAGUGUCAAAGCAGCAAUGUCACAACUACAUCACAGUGUGAACGCAAUAGUCCCUGGAAAGUGCUGAGCUUGAUCAACUUGCAGUGUGAAAAGCUGCUUCAUUUGGAAAAUCUUGAGGUGUUAGACCCAAGUUCAGCCUCAUCUGCCACAAAAUUAGGCUAUUCAACAGUCACAUUAUCCACUGCAGCACCAGAUGUUACAGAAGCUGCAAUUGAAAGUGACACUCUAAGUGGUGAAUGCAUGUUAGGCCCAUCUCCUCGUCUCUUUGAGAGACAAGAAAUCACACCCUCUGUCAGUGCUGAUGAAAAAGUGACAGGAAGACCCACAGGAGAUGGAUUUAAACUACAGUGCUGUGUGAAAGACUCCGAGAUGGGUGUUCAGCUUGAAACUGCUGAGACAACAGACACUGACAGAGCAGACUUGCCAGGAGACAGUACAACAGCAUCUCUGCAUCCUCAACACAAGAACAAAACAGAAGUUAACUUCACUGUCAACACACAAAUUGGGUGCAGCCAGGAGUGUGAGCAGGGUUGUUCUUCUAGCAAACAGGAUAUUUUAAAUGCACCCUUUUUUGAAUAUGCUUUAUCACAAGCACACAAUGCAUGUCUUAAUACUAAGCUAACUUGUAAUUCAGAUGAUGAGACUUGUACUACUCUAUCAAAGCCAGUACUGUCACUAGAUAUUAAUGCAAAUCUUACUUUAUCUGUGGAAGCCCAAUGUGACGGCAGGCUGCCUCCUCUGAGCCCCAUCCAACUUUGUUCACAAUCACCAUCACUUACAUUCAGCGCUCCAGAGAAUUCUCUCUUCGGUUCAAAACCAGAUGAAUGUGCAGAUGCCCCCAUAGAUGGAGACACCCCUCCAACUGCACCAUCCAAAGCAGAACUUUGGACAAUGCAAAAGGAGGAUCACGGUUCAUCUUCGCACCAGUGGAGAACUAAGACUCCUAGAAAACAGCCUCGUCCCAGUCGUAGUGUUGAUAUUCAAGACCCAGACUUCCAGGGAGUGACAUUCAGGAUGGACACGGAGCUAGACGAAAGCAGGGAACAGUGUCGGCUUCUCAUAACUUCACGAUACAGCAAGGAACUCUGCAGGAGUGUGAGAAAACCCAGGCUGAGGACACGGUCAUCACAGAAAUCAUUUAAAACUAGCAGCUCAGACGAGGAGAACGGCCACACAACCAGUGUUUUAAAGGGUAAAGUUUGUGCAUCAUGCUGCACCAGGAAGACCCCCAUGUGGAGAGAUGCCGAGGAUGGGACUCCACUGUGCAAUGCCUGUGGGAUAAGGUAUAAGAAGUACAGGGUGCGCUGUGUCAACUGCUGGCAUAUCCCUCGGAAAGAGGGCAACUCCAACUCGUGCUGCCUCAAGUGUGGAAACUUUGUGAGGCUGACCUCAGCUCAGCGGAAACACACCAACUAGGGAACUUGCACACAGCACAGGUUUUUAUGCCCACAUGUGACAGAGCUUUGCACAGACGCACACAACAGUUUGAAACAAUACUCGCUGCUCUCGUAAAUCUUUACAGUUCACUACAGAUAUGACUACCUCUUACCUGACUCAAGGUAUUUAAAUUCGUUUUACUGUUAUAGCACUGUACCUCAGACAAUAGUACACAUUUACCUCUAUGACUGUGUGCAUCAAAAAAAGUAAUAAUAAAACAACUUGUAAAACAUUUAAAUUUGUAUGGAGAAAAAAGUCUUUUCUCUACUGAUCCUAUUUCUGCUCCUUAAUUUGUAUUUAGCAUGUGUGAUGGAGCUUAGAAGGUUUGCUUUUUGUUUUUUGUUUUUUGUUUUUCACCAAGAGGGAUAUACUGAGGACGCACAGACUUUGUAGCAGAGCUGAGAAUCCUUUAUACAAAUAAAUGGGAUACUGAAGGACCACUGUCAGAAAGUGACGCAUUCAGUGGAAAGUUUAGUCGUGAAAUUUUCCAUCGAAAUAGCUUCAGUGUCGCUUACAUAUAAUGGUCAGUAGUACCCGACAGCUGUAAUAGAAAGUUAUUUCUGUACAGGCCCUGAGCUCAGUGCUGCUUUUCACUGUUAUUAACUGUAAAACACUCCUACUGCUCCUAAUCCUGACAGUGACAGUUCAGUUACUAAGUUCAUCAGAUACAUUUAGUUGAACAAGUUAAAUCAAGCUAUUUAUUUUGUUGUCUUUGUUGUUUUUUCUAAUUGUGGUUGUAAUAAGUGGUCACUUUUCUUUGGUAUUUAUUUGGGCCAUUGUUUCUGAGCAUUAUUUUAUUUGGCUUGUUAAAUCGGUGUGUAGAUUUCCUUAGUAUUGCUGGUUUCUGUGAGAUGGGGAAAAGGGGUUUGUUUGUGUGUGUUUGCAUGGGUUUUUGUUUGUAUUAAAUUC